GGUUGCUAUAGAUAACCUUGCCGAUAAGGGACCAUAAAGCUGUUUGUGCAAGAGAACACUUUCAGAUUAUCGAAUAUGGUAUUUCCUCAUAUAUAUUUGGUCUUAGUUUUAACCAUAACUAAGACUUCCAUAUGUGUUUCAGAAGGUUGGUUUUUACAUGUGACGGACUUUCAUUGGGACAACACGUACACAAGUAGGGAUCUUUCCUGUAAUGGCGUGGUAAAUACCCACGGUGUUUAUGGGGAUUACUGGUGCGACUCCCCGUUUUCCCUCAUUGACGUCACAAUAAAGGCCAUGAAGAAUGCUACAAUAGAUAAAGCUGUGGAUUUUAUGCUCUGGACUGGUGAUAGCAUUCUUCAUACCGGUGAUGAACAUCUAAGUAUCGACAAUAAUAUUGAGAUGCUUACAAAUCUGACAAACAAUUUACAGCAGACGUUCCCUACAAUGGACGUUUAUGCCACUUACGGAAAUCACGAUUACUACCCUAAUGGACAGUACCCUCCACAUAACAACGAGAUUUAUAACAGAACACUGGAACACUGGAGAAGCUGGAUCAACGAUAGUACACAGGAGGAAUUAUUUUUGAAAGGAGCUUACUACACCUUAAAGACAAAGUAUGGAAUAAGAAUCCUGGCAUUAAAUACCAACUUGUAUUAUACGUCAGACAAAAUUACAGCUCAUAUGGAUGAUCCUGCCGACCAAUUUGUUUGGAUGGAGAAUAUAUUGGAGCAUUCCAGACAUUUAAGUGAAAAGGUGCUAAUAACUGGACACGUUCCACCAGGGGUCGCUGCAGAAGGCGGGAAACCUUGGUUUUAUCAACAUUUCAACACUCGCAUGGUUCACAUCCUUCAACAAUAUAGUGACAUCAUAAUAGGACUGCAUUUUGGACAUGAGCAUGCUGAUACAUUUAGAUUAUUUUAUGAUCAUUCUGGCCAACCCACGAUGGCGAUGUAUAUUGCACCUUCAGUGACUCCUUGGAGAUACAAAAAUUCCAAAGCAACAGGACCAAAACACAAUCCCUCCUUCCGAAUGGUCAAGUAUGACAGAGUGUCGGGUAGACAUUUAGACUUAGUUCAGUAUUACAUGGAUCUACCAGAGAGUAACCGACAGGGUAAACCUAUCUGGAAAAUUGCUUACACAGCCACUCACGACAUGGGAAUUUCGGACAUAUCUCCGAAAUCCAUGGAUAAUUUUGCAACUCGAACGAGAAAUCCACAUAGCCAAGAGUUCCAGAAUCAACUGAGUUGGCGAAAUGCCAAAGCGGAAGUGAUGCCCUGUGACGCCUUUUGUCAUUCUUUAAUCUUUUGCAAUUUUAAGAAACUUCAUGAUCAUGAUUUCAAACUUUGUUUACGAGAAACUCAACAAUAUACAGCAACCUUACCAUUUGGGAGAAGAAAGUAAAACUUUUCUAAGCCAUUGGAAUGAAAGAAAAUAAAUGA